AUGACUAACAGCAAUCGCGAUGGCAAGGUUCAUGCUGAACUCGAGGGAGAUGAGGAUGGCAACAAUGACAUAAUGAUUUUGUUGGAUGUGUUGAUGGCAGCUCUGCGCCUCGUCUCCAACCAGCACAUCGCCAAACGUAACCUGCACCAUGAACAAGUGACUGCCUCAGGUGACGAUGGUGUCACCUCGUCUUCACCUUCGCACGGCCGCUCCACGAGUGCCAGCACAUCGAUGAUCACAACCUCCACCCUGCGCUCAGGUCCAGAGGUUGUUGUCGCAGAUUCUGAGCCCAUUUCAGAUGUGGCUGGCUCCCAAUAUGUCGAAGGGGAGGGAAGACCCAAUCAUAACGAUAGCAGAGACGAUGGAGGCUCCUGUGCACAUCAGCCGUCGACUCGUUGGUAUUGCAUUUCACGAGGCCGGGCUGUCGGAGUCUUUUCUGGCUGGCCCAAUACUUCGCCCCUUGUUACUGGCAUUCCUGGCGCAAUCUUUCAGCGCUACCCAACGUUCACAGCUGCACUAAUGGCAUUCAUGGAGGCUGCUGCUAACGGUCAUGUUGCCAUCAUCUCUGUGUGA